AUGCGAUUCUUACUUUUGGUCGCACUCUGCGGCUUGGCAUUUGCCGAAACUUGGAAGACCAUCGAUAUUGACCGAACAAUCGAUGUUUCUUCGCAAAUUGUGAAGAUCACCGCUUUGCACACGUUGGAAAACACUGGAGAUGAAGCGAAAACUGUUCAAAUCGCGCUUUCUGACGAUGAAAACGCCCAUUUGGCGUACCUUAGCGCUCAAAUCGACGGAGUAAAAGGCCGUUUGACUGUGAGCAAAGAUGCUGAGUCGAAGAACGGUUUCAAGGUUAGUUCACCAUUGGGAGAACAUUUUUUUAUUUUUUCUUCUCAGAUUUACACAGUAACUCUCCGCAAUCCCGUUGCUAAAGGAAAACAAAUCAAGCUGAAGGUCAACAAACGUCUGACCGCAGCUUUGAAGCCGUUACCCGCGAAGAUCAGCCAAUUGGAGAACCAGUGAGGAUUUCAAAGUUUUGCGAAUACGGAUAUCAAAUUCAGAUUCGUGGUUUUCUCUGGAAACGCUUAUGUUCCUUCUGUUUACGCUGUUGCCACCCAAAAAACUACCGUGAAAACGACCCCAUCAGGAAAGAUUCUUUCUUCGACCGCCGUAAAUCCACACAAGCAAGAAACUGAACGCGUUUCCUAUGGACCGUAUGAGAAAAUUGCUGCCCUCGAAUCGGUUCGUCAUCUUUUUCAAAAUGAGAGUUAAAUUUGAACAUAUGCAGAAGCCCAUCAAGGUUCACUAUGAAAAUUACUCGCCUUUCGUCGUUGCCACGUUGGUUGAGCGUACGAUUGAAGUUUCUCACUGGGGAAAUAUCGCCGUCGAGGAAUACAUUGAGCUUGUUCACAAAGGAGCCGAGAUGAAGGUAAUUUCUUCAUGCUUUUUUGGAGUUUAGAAGUUUUUUCAGGGAACUUUCUCUCGCUUGGAUUUCCAACAAGAUCGACGAGGACGCCGCCAACCAGCUCUCCAACAGUUCACGGUAUGAUCUUUAUUAUAUUUUUGAUUUUUCUUCUUGUUCGAUUUGUCAAGUAGUGUUUUUUUAUAGCGUCUAUUUCAAACUCGAAAUGGUGACAGAAAUUCUAGUGAUGCUUAUAUGUAGUUAAGAAAACUUUUCAGAUCCCUCAUACUGUAUUUUCUAUUCUUCAAAGUCAGAAGAUUUUUCGAACUAGCUUAGAAGGCUGUCCAAAACAAAACCAUAUUUUUUGAAAAAUCAGAAUAAUUACAUGCUGAAAAAAGUUAACAAAACUACAAUAAAGGAUUAAACUGCACAUUCCGAGAUUUCUCCAUUGAUUGAGUAACCAUUUCAUUUAAUUAUUUCUAGACUGUCCUUCCUGCCACUGCUCGCGAUAUCUAUUAUCGCGAUGAGAUUGGCAACAUUUCCACGUCGGCCGUCCGUGUUCGUGCUGAAUCUGUUGAUGUUGAGAUUCGUCCGAGGUUUUAUUGCAAUUUUAUAGCUCUUUAAUAUUUCCCUCUUCACAGAUUCCCCUUGUUCGGUGGCUGGAAAACGUCCUACGUUUUGGGAUACAACGUUCCAACUUACGAAUAUCUGCACAAUGAGGGCAAUCAGUAUGGCUUGAAAAUGCGUGUUUUGGACCACAUUUUCGAAAACAUUGUCGUGGAGAAACUCGUCACCAAGGUCAUCCUUCCGGAACAUGUCAGGUAAGUUUUUGUGGUUUCUGAGGGAGACAAAGAGAUAGUUGAUAUAAAAAUUGCUUUGGAAAAUAGGUAAAAUGGGCCAGGUAUAUGUUUAUCAAGAAUUCUCGUCAUCAGUUGAUGAUUUUUUUAUUUUUAUUUUUCGAAAAUUGGAAAAAGGUCCCUUAGAGUACGGUUUUGACAAGAGAAAAAAAUUUUUUUCCUGGGAGAAAACUUCCGAAAUUUUUGUACAAUCCUCCUUGAAAUUGUUUGGUUCAAAUAUUUAUGAACGCUUUUUUUUUAUAGAAAAGUGAAGGUUAUCACGCCUUUCCCCAUGGAAAGACUGUCCGAUGAGAUCAAGCCGACUUAUUUGGACACUACUGGACGUCUUGUCGUUAUCGUUCAGAAGGAAAACCUCGUUGCUGAACAUAUUCAGCCAUUCACUGUAUGUACAAUGUCUCUUUUUAUUCUUCAUUGAGUUAUUUCCAGCUGACCUACGAGUUCGAGUUCAAGGAUAUGAUUCGAGAGCCGAUUCUGGCCACAGCCUUCUUCUUCGUUUUAUUCUUGGCCGUCAUCGUCUAUGUUCGCUUCGACUUCAGCAUUGUUUCGGUAGGUUUUUCAAGAUUAUUUCAAUUUUUUUCAUUUGAAACUUUACAUAAGGUUAGUUGAAUUUUCAUCUCAAUAUUUCGAUUUCAACCUUAUUUCGCUGUUUCAUAACUUAUGUUGAGAAUUUUAUAGUUUUUGUUGGUUUCAGGAUCCCCUCUUGGACGCCCGAGAAAAGUUGGAAGGACGUCUCCGAGAACUCGCCAACGCUGUCGAUCGCAAACAGAAACUCUACAGCAAAUUGACCGAAGCUGCAGCUAAUUACAAGCAAUCUCGAGAUUCUUCUCUCCUGGCGGUUUGUUUUAAACGUUUUAAUUUAAAUUUUUUCAUUUGUUACAUGAAUUUCCAAAAGGGAAACUGUUCAGGAAGCCAAGAAAGCUUUCGAAUCCGGAAGAACGACGGCAAAUGAGAAGCUGAGCGCUCUUCUGGCGUCGCUGAAGAAGGAUAAAAAUCUCGCAGGACAAGGUUUGCGUUUUUAUUCUCUUUUGUUCUCUCUCUUUUGUGUAGAUUUUAAAAAUUGUUAAUUGUGUUGUCGCAAUUUUUAGAGGUUCUCGAAGAAAAAUUGAAACAAUUGGAGUGUUUGAUUCAAAACUUGGUCUUUUGAGGGCUUUAUUUUGAACGUCAAUAUUGGAUGAACUUCAAAGAAAUCGGGGAAUUUUCGCUCUAAAUUUGUUGUUUUUCAAAAAACUAGUUCGAAACUACGAAAAUUCCCAUUUUUCUUCUGAAAAAAUGUUAACCUUAUCUUCAGUAUGAAAAUUAAGUUGAUUCAAAAAAGCUGAUAACAAAAAAAUGAAAAGGCCAGCUUCAAAUUUUAAAAAAUCAGCUUCAAAGCAUUUCUUCUUUGAAAAUCGUUAAUUUUAACUAUAUAUGAACCAAAAAUACAUUGAAUUUUUAGUAAUUUUUUUAAUAGAAAAAUUUUUUUCGUUCUUUAUUUUUCGCAGUUGGGAAUUUUAAACGUUUCUUUAAUGUAGAGAAAGAAAUUAUUUCUAGGCCCAAGAACUGCUGAAAUACGACGACGUUGCCGCCAACAACGUUGAAACCUAUGUGAAGGCCGUAGAGAAGAGCCAACAAAAGUCGGCGGGACCUGAAGAAACUCAGUUCACCAAGAAGGUCGAGGAGUCUCGCUACAGAGCGGACAGCAUCCUCGGAUCCCUCUGA